AUGAUCGUCGAAUACCUCAUGGCAAACCCACGACAAGUACCUCUUUUCGACUCGGGAGACAUCUACCGUGGCUGUAGGGUGAUUAAGAGCGCCGAUGAGUUCUCCAGAGGUUUUCUGGAGAAGUUCAUUGCUGAAGUCAGCAAUGCCUGGGAGGGUCUCUCACUUAAGCUCAUCCCAGCUUCGGUGAUCCCCAAAAGACCCAGAGCCCGCAUUUGGCUACCGAAGGCCAAUUUGGAGGGUCCAAAGAUCCUCCACGGCUUCAAGCUUCAAAACCCUAAGAUUCCAAUGAACAACUGGUCUAUGAUCAAGAUGGAGGAACCUCAGAAAACCAGCUCCAAGCUGCUAAUUUCUGAAGAGUUCCUGAAGGUACUUGAGGAAAAGAAGCACAAACUGCGUUUUGGCCACACGACGGCCACACUUAAGGUCUUCCCCGCGUUUGGUGCUCCGGAUGGCGAGCUGGACGGAAUAGAGGACGUAGCAAAUCAGUUCGGUGAGCUUUGGCCGUCUCCGACGGGCGCGGUACCCAAAGCCAAGAGCUCCAUGAAAUCCUCGGGGCUCGGUCAUAAAGCAGGCUUAGGUGAGCAUCCUUUAACGAAGAAAUGUUAA